CCCAAGGGAAUCAGCCUCAACACCCUGGUGAAACAGCAUCUGGUUUCGAGAACUAUGAAAGCUUCGACUCAAAUAUUCCAACGCGAAUUAACGAGGUUGAACCUGUCCAGCAACAUGGAUCCUACAUCACAUACUCUUUCUCCUCCGAAGACUUGCAAAAUUGGUUUACCUCCGUUGACCCCGAAGCAUUCAGCUUCGAUUAUGCCGCCCACAGUUGCAGGAAUACCCCAGGAAUGCAAGAGCUGGCAACAUCACCUCUAAUGCCCUUGACCUCUCAGAAGGAGCCCACUUCAGGAGCUGGGGUGUCUCCGACAACGUCACAACUUCAAAUCUUUGCAGAUGAGCACUUUGCGCUAAUUGAGACAUUAUGGCCAGCAAAGCAAAAUCCCUUGCAAUCUGGAGAGGUUGACUUCUGGAACGCUAUCGCGCAGAGCGACCACGGCUUAUUCGAAGAUUCCGACGUCCUGGAUCAAAACGACAGUCACUUAGAAUCAAGGUGGGACUUCAACGAACUCUGUCGCUCGAGACUCAUAAAAUACUGUGCGGACGCAAUCAACGGGAAUCGUGGCAACACGCUCCUUCCCAUAUUUCCGAACUUGGAUGAGUUUCCCUCGAACCAUACUCUGGACAUGUGUAUCGACACAUACUUUCGGCGCUUCCAUACAUUCAUGCCGUUCAUACAUCAGCCGACAUUCAGUGCAAGACGAACAUCGACCUCCUUCUUGCUUGCUCUUUGUUUGAUUGGUUCUGUCACUCUAGGCUCCCAAGAUGCCUUGCAUUUUGCCAAAACCUAUCUCCCCUAUGCAAUUAAAGACUGUCGUCGAAAUUUUCCACUGGAGAUGACUCCCAACAAUGCGUCACACUUAGUGACAGCUCUCGGCUCUUCUCUCAUUCUACUGACGACUGCCACAAUGAUACCACGAAUGAUUGAUGAUGAACAAGUCCUUUUACUUCAUACGGAGGCGAUUCUGAUCGCCCGAAAGCAUGGUUUCGUUUCUACAAGACAUCUGAACCGGUCACAAUUGGCUGACUCGAGUCUGCAAUGUGCGUCUUGGGAAAAGUGGGCUCGCAGCGAGUCGGCCAAAAGGCUUCUUGUAUACCUCAUCAUGGUUGAUACUUGGUGCGCCCAUCUCUUAUCCACCUUGCCUAUUCUUCAUCCUGGAGACACGUCAUUCUUCCUGCCGUGCGAGUCGAUUCUGUUCGACGCUCCGACCGAGGCCGAAUGGAAUCGAAUGAUUCAGCAAGAAGGAUCGCGGACAUCGUCAUUCGUCAGCUUUUCAGGUAUGACAAACAAGCUUCCUGGAUCCAUGCGUAGCGAAUACGGAUUUUACGGCUUGUUUUCCGCCAUCUGGAACAAAAUCCAUCAAGCAAAUCACGAUCUGCUCCGGGACGGCCAAAGGACGUCUGAACACGGGCCAGUAUAUCCCGCAUUGCGCUAUGCGGAAGAUUCCGAGGCCAGAGUAAUCAGCCCGUUGCUCGGAGAAGUCUAUCAGAACUAUUUCAGAGGCACGCGACACAUCAAUCCGAAUUGCUUGACAUCCUACAACCACUUGUGCUUGUUGUUAACUGCAAAUCUCUCCACCUUAGGACUUGCCGCGGGUCGGAGUGGUGCUGAAUGUGCAAAAGCUGCACUUUGCGAUAUCUCCUCAUGGUCCUACUCCGCUGCCGCUCGGAGAGCAUGUCUGCAUGCAGCCCAGAUCUACCAGCAUAUGUCUCAGAAAAGGACUUCAGAUGGCACGAUGUUUCAUUCGGAAACAGCGAUAUUUGAUGCCGCAUUGGUUCUGGCAUUAUACUUAUACCUUGCGCCGCAUACUACCACUAGCGGUAGUGUUGAAAGAGCCAAUGAUUAUGAGCUUCUUGAUGAAGUAGAUUGGACCUCUGUGGGCUCUGAGGGCCUUGCAGGCUUUCAGAAUGACAGUCUUUCGGAUGGUUCGCAGAUCUGUGCUGCAAGAAGAUUUGUCAGGCAUGGUGGUCACGUCCGGUUUUCUGGAGUACAUCUUAGGCCAGGCUAUGGUUCGGCUCGAAGAGUAUUGCUGGACUAUGUGCAUCUGCUAGAAGACGUUGGCAAGUGGCGCAGCGAGUUGUAUUGCAGCAUCCUUCGCAUCAUGAGCGAUAAUCUUCUUUGCACCUGGAGGCGUGAGAGCAAGUGA